GUAAGUCCGGAGCUUGUCUAAAUUCUAAACGCACGUAUCCUAGGAUAGGACAUAGAAGUCUUUGCAAAGGCUGGUCUGAAUUCAACAUAACUUACAAGGUCCGUCCUUUUUUGAAUAAGCGAACAACAACUCUUAACCAAUGCAACCGGGGGCCGCGAAAAAUGAAAACGUCUCCGAUCUAUAAUUAGAAGUUAAUAUCAUAUUAUUAAACCCGGAACUGAUUGACGAUAUCGAGGACAGCUUUAAUCUAUGAAAUUCCAAGAAGAGGUAGGCAGUACACGAAGUUGACGAACAAAUAUUUGGCACAACAGACGCAAGCCUAAGGAUUUAUCGUGACAGCCACAAGAAAAUGUCUGAAAAUAUGGAUGGAAGAGGUGAUUGCCCGCCUCAACAAACAAGAGAAGAAUUUGAUUCAAAGACCUACUCUGAAAAUGUAAAGUUUGUAGGCAGAGCACUGGUAGUAAACAACGAUCAAUUCAGAGGUUCAGGAAAUAAUCCCAGUCCAGAACGUAAAGGCUCUAUGAUAGAUUUUCGUGCAGUCAAAGCAUUGUUGAAGGAUUUGGGAUUUGCAGAAAGUCAUAUUGAAUCUCAUCAAAACUUGACAAAAGGUCAACUGAAAGAAAUAAUUGAGGAAGCUGCCGGUUACGAAUACAGAGAUUUUGGAUGUUUUGUUUGUGUGAUAAUGUCAUUUGGUGAGCCGGGGAUCAUUAUCUGUCCUGGAGAAGAAGGCAGCAAGAUGGACGAACGCUGUGAGAUCAAGGACAUACAGGCACCAUUCACUGGAGACAAAUGCCCAGAUUUAGCAACAAAACCAAAGAUUUAUUUCAUCAUGGGAAACAGUAACUAUCUGGAAAAACAUGGAAAGGACGGGCGUGAUGAGGAAAAGCCCUCAAUAAAGCUGGAAACAAGAAAAAUACCCCGAGAGUGUAACUUCAUCACUCAAUUCUCAGAAGGAACUGAUCAGGGAAACUGGGCAAGUGGCAACUUUUCCCCAUAUAUCUGGUCUGUUAUCGAGGCAUUCCAAACUCAUGUUAUCCAGCAAAAAGAGGACAUCGAUGUAUUAAAGCUUAUGACCAGGAUCAACGAAUUAACAGUUAAGAGAGAUGCAGGAAUUCCAUUAGUAACGUCCCUGCUGACCAAACGCUAUCAUUUCAGACCAAAGAAGACUCCAUCUGUUGUACAACAAUGAUAUUGUUGGGACUAGACAGUGCCUACAGGCCAAGACAAAAAUUGCUUGGAAUGAUUAAAUGAUACAAGAAAUUUGAAGUCUUAUACAUGUAUUUGAUUUGGAUGAAAUUACUGAAAAGCAGAUUUAUUUUUAAACUUACUUGAAAAAAAGUCAAAAAAAGUCAAAAAAAAAAAAGGGAGAGAGAAAAAAAAAUUAUUUACGGAAAAACAGGAUUUAGUAUCAUAUUGUUGUCAAUUUUAAUCUUAUAGCAUUACAAAGAAAUAUAGAUUUGUUUCAUAUUUUGGGUGUAGACAUCCAUGUAAAAAAAACUACAUUAGUUGAUUCUAAGGUUGCCUCUCAUAGUUCACUGUAAGUUAUAAUAAAUUGAAAAUUUCAGAUUUAUUUAAUUAAGUUUCUCACCUUAUAAAGGUGAUUAUAUACAUAUUAAAUUUCAGGUUGACUAUUAAAAUUAUUGAUGUUUAAAUAUAUUUGCUGUAACAACACAUUGUUGGCAACUCGAUACAGCCUUCAUUUACAAAAAAUUCAUCCAGAAUCUAUAAUUGUCAAGUGGCUCUGGAAAUUACGCAUGCUGGGAAUCUGAACUUGAACAUUUUGUGAAUAGCUCAGUUUCUCAAAAAAA